UGUACCACUAAGUGUAUCUACCCCUUUGGAUAUUCUUUGUUUAGGGCAGGCGAGUUGGCGUGUCCACGAAUGGAUCACUAUCCAGACCCAAAACUGAAGCAAAGAUUAUUCUUCCCCCUCUUGUCCACAGUUUUAUGGUAAAAAAAUAAUAUGUCUGCAUAUGCAUUGCGGAUCGGAGUUACGAACGGUUGCAUUCUGUAUUUAGUUUCUAUUCCCCACCUUCGGCAGCUGGACGUCUGGAAUGGCGUUGGCUGCCUUUGUAUUGCAUCAUUGAAGGUCUUUGUGAUGAGCAUCACGACCCGGUUCUUGAUGAAUGGUAUGGUCUUGGCUGCAUGGAGUUGGGUUUACACAUCGACAUGCAAGGUCCGUCAUGAUAGGUUAUGGGUUUCGUCCACGGGGUUCGGUGUAUGGGGGGGAGAGAUAUCCUGUUCAAGACUCUGGAACAUUGGCUUACUUGCGAACAUAGGGGAAAUGCGAGACAGGUGAUGGACAUUGUAUAGUAGAAUAACCACUUGGAAAAAGACAUAGUCUUCGCACUCAUCUCACAUCUUGCUGUUGUCUAGGGUGUCUUCUAUACUAAUGACCGCAGUUUCGACAUCUUCAACCG